CCGUCUUUCUUGGAGAACAGAAACGUCGUUUGAAGUUGAGUUCCUUGCUCUCUAACUUUCUGCCUUUUUGGUCCCUGAAAAAGUAGGGUCGGUAGUUAGGCCCAACUUUAUCCGGUGCACUCGUAUCACCGAGCGCACCACUGUAAAGUUUCGUGCCCCACCAAAGAUUUUGCAUCACCUCCUCUCGCGAUAACAGACACAGAAGCUCAUAUUAGUACAAGAUAGCGCUCCGGCAAGGAAAUGGCGCCUUCAGCAAUUCCCACCGAUUCCACCACAAAUAUGGAGGACCCUACCAUCUCUAGCCUCAAGAAAAUCCUCACUUCCGAGACCUCGUCCCUCGCCCGGCAGUUUCGAGCACUUUUUUCGCUGAAGCACCUUGCGUGUCUCAAUCCUCCAACAGAGCAGACAGUCCCCGCUAUCAGCGCUAUUGCGGCAGGCCUCUCGUCGCCUUCUGAACUAUUGAAGCAUGAGUUAGCCUACUGCUUGGGACAAACCAGAAAUCCUGCUGCGGUUCCCUACUUACGGGCGGCCUUGGAGGACAAGGCUGAAGCGCCCAUGUGUCGGCAUGAGGCUGCCGAAGCGCUCGGUGCUUUGGGCUAUACGGAUACUUUGCAACUUCUUAAGGAAAUUCGGGAUGACCCAAAUGAGCUAGAGGCCGUAAGAGAAACCUGUGAACUCGCUGUUGCAAGAAUUGAGUGGGAACACUCAAGGGAUCGUCAACAGGAGAAGCUACGACCAAGUGAUUUCGCUUCAAUCGACCCUGCCCCGCCCAUGCCUGAAGGAUCCCAGCCGCCAUCCAUCCCAGAGCUGCAAGACGCUUUGCUGAACACCAAUCUGUCGCUUUUUGAACGUUACCGCGCCAUGUUUGCUCUUCGCGAUCUUGCUUCUCCUCCAGACCUACCAACUGCGGUCCCUGCUGUCCAGUCCCUUGCUCUUGGCCUCAAAGAUAAAUCGGCUUUAUUCAGACACGAAAUUGCUUUCGUUUUCGGUCAACUAUGCCACCCAGCAUCAAUCCCUGCGCUGGAGGAGGCGCUUCGCAACAAAGAGGAGGCAAGCAUGGUUCGACAUGAAGCUGCCGAAGCUCUUGGAAGCCUUGGUGACGAGGAGGGAGUGGAUGAGCUACUUAAGGAAUUUCUCAAUGAUCCCGAGCAGGUCGUCAAGGAGAGCAUUCUUGUGGCUUUGGAUAUGGCAGAGUUCGAAAAGAAUGGAGAGAUGGAGUAUGCCAUUGUCCCCGGUCAAGAGGCGCCACUCGCGGGCGCUGCAUAAAACCUCCAUCUCCUCUCCGAAUUUUAUUUACGAAAUUAAUUUUUUGUUAAAAAAAAAAUGAAUAUAGAUGCAUGAAAAAUUGCUUGACAUCGAUUGAGUCGGGUAUAUGUUGAUAAUUCUCCAGUUUAUGCAGACAAUUGCAGGGAAUGAUUUU